UUUCGAUAUUAAAUCCUAAAGCACGCGUAGAUAUAAUUCGAAAAAUUAAACCAUAAUGCCAUAUCUAUUGUUAAGUUUUAUCAGUUGUCACAUAAUAAUACAUUUUGCAAAUGCUAACUUAUCCAUCAUUUUUAUCGUUAAAGAUAUAAUACACAUUAUAUACACAAUAUGACAUACAUUACAAAAUUGAUUUAAAAAAUAUAUAAUUCAAAAAAAGUUUAUAUUUUUUGUUUUACUAACACAACAAUCUUCAUUUAAGAAUGCGAAAAGAAAACACUAUAUAGAAUCGUCUACAUCAUACAUAGAGCAACUUUAACUGUGUUCCGUUUCCUUCUUAAUAAAAUGUUUCCAUCCUUUCACUUUUAUAUCCACAAUAUUUUUAAAAAGCACCUCCUUUUUUCAUUCUUGUUAUGAAUGUAUCUAACACACACUAUAUGUGUAUAUAUGUUUAUGAAUUCGCGAGAACUCAUGGAGCAAGUAAUUAACUUAUAGUCAAAAAGUGCACACUGCAUACUCAUCUGAAUCAGCUGUAAUUAUGUGUUAUUCGUAUCAUUAUCGAUUAUUUCAAAGGGUUUAAAGAGAUACUUACAGAUGGUAGCGGUUUACCCUCCAUGUACUGAGCAAGCGCGAAAAUACGGCGAUUUAGUACAUUCGCGAAGAGCGAUUCAGUCUAACUAUAAUUUUCGCUCUGUGAACAUCAAUGAAUGUCAAUCAAGAUUUGAGUUACGCGUUUACCUUGAGCCGUCAAUGUUUGCGGCUGUUAGGCGUAUGGCCCGAUCCACGUAUUCCUUUAAGCAACUUUCGUCGGCCAAGCUUGGCAUUCAUAAUCGUUACGUGUAGCUUGAGUUUUUACGUGAUAAUACCGCAGUUUAUAAAUAUGAUUCGUGUUUGGGGUAAUGUGGCUCGCAUGGUGGAAGAUAUAGCUUCUGCCAAUUUUAGUUUGAUGGCAUUGAGCAAGUUACUUGCUACUUGGUAUCACAGCGGAACACUUCGAACAUUGAUGAUGUCAGUCAUGACCGAUUGGAUAAAUUCGACGAACAAGUGCGAACGAAAUACGAUGCUGAGGUUCGCGAGACGUGGCAGAAAUUUAUCUUUUGGAUGUUACGCUCUCGCGACAAUCACACUCGUCUUUUACAUAUGUUUUAAUCUUCUGAAACUUUAUCAAAAUAUUCAUCAGCCUCAACGCAGCCUCAUCUAUCAUUUCGUUUAUCCUUACAACGCCCAGAAGAGUCCGAAUUAUGAAAUUACAUUUGUCAUCCAACUUUCCGGCGGAAUAUACACGGCACUACUCAACUCUACCGUCGACAGCUUCAUCUCGAUACUCUUACUGCAUGUAUGCGCGCAACUAGUAAAUCUACGAAUGGCACUCAACAAUUUGAUCGAUGAAUUAGCCAAUAAAUCUAUAUCCUACACGAAAUUUAAAGAAGGCUUAGCCACGGUCGCUGUACGACAUAAACAUCUUAUCAGGAAUGUAAGGAUGAUCAACAACUGUUAUAGCGCAGUGCUAUUUGUGCACAUGCUAACAGCUACUUUUCAACUAUGUUUUCAAACCUUUCAAGUUUACACGAUAAUAACAGACAAAUUAGAUGUAUCUGCUUUCAAAAUGGCUUUUCUCUCGACUUAUAUUGUUGUUGUGUUGACGCAUUUGUACAUUUAUUGCUACUCAGCUGAAAGACUUUUAACAGAGAGCACUAGUAUGGCGUAUAGCGUAUAUGAAUGCAAGUGGUAUAAUAUACCGGCCAAAGAUGCGAAGAACUUAAUGGUUAUUGCAUAUGGAUCUUUAAUACCGCUUAAAUUAACAGCUGGAAAAUUCGGAAAUUUUUCGAUGGAGUUGUUCGGAGUAAUGGUGAAAACGGCAAUGGGAUAUUUAUCUAUGUUAGUGACAAUAAAAGAUUAG